AUGUUGCCAUCGCAGCAGCUGCAAGCGUCGCUUUCUCCAACCGAGCGUGAACAUGCAGGCCAAGGAUAUCAGAACAGCCAAAGUUCUCAUGUCGGAUGGACCGCUGCUCAUCGCGUUUCUGAUCUCAAGGACGGUGAACCCCUUGUGCAGCUGGCCAUGCACUCUGUGCUUACAGAACGAGCGCCAUCACCACAAUCGAAGUUGCAGCUUGAACGAAAUGGUCAUUCUUGUAAAGCCUUACCAGUUGGCCAGUUCCAGCCUCCUAGGGCUAUUGUACGUGAUGGCAACCCACGGCAGGCGGAAGGCAGCACACCUCCGAGGAAUCGCUCCAAGGUUCCCGGACCUGUGGCGAGCACCUUUGUAGAGAGAACCAAUGUGACACGCCGGGUAACAAUGGAGGAUAACGUUGUUAAGACCGCACGGACACAGAAAUCGCUUGAGUGUUUAGCAGAAUCCCCCAGAAACUUGCGCGCAAAUCAAGAACAUCGAGGCAAGCUUGCGAGCGAGGAAGCUAGCGUGGAUGCCAUCAACGAUUUGCUGGGCGCCAAUCUGACUCCACGGCCCGCAAGCCAGUCACCCAACGAAGAGGCUCCGUACUCUACAAACUCAAUGGACGAUCUAUACCUGGAUAUCGGCCACACCGACAACUUCCUUGGACUGAACGACGACACAUUUGUGAGCUACAUAGCCGUUGUUCGUCUUCCAUACCCUGUCCUGUCAAGCACCCGAGAACGCGUGGAACUGAUGCUGAGUUAUUGUCCAUCUCCUACGAGAUGCAUUGACGGAGUCAUUCGUCUCGGUCCCUGGCUCAUGCACAAAUAUGGCUCAUGCACAAAUAGCGACAUGAGCAUCGUAUAUCGUCUUCUCACCGAUUGGGACGCCUUCACCGACUAACCCUCCUCUACGACGCAGCUUAUUCAUCUGCUGAGGCUGAUCUUGAUCACUGUUGCCAUCAAAACUUUCGGAUCAUCGUUGCUAAAAGGUUAGCAUGGUAGCGCGUCAAAAAUGUACAUUCUAGGGCGUGCCGUUGACUGCGGUCAUUUAGUCUCGACGCCUGUAAGAUAGGCAUGGAGCUUGAUCUUGAUUGCGAACGAAAGGGUCAGAAGCUGGUGGACACUGGUCAUGCUUGAUCGUUGGAACGCGGUUGUCACUGCCAGCCCAUGCUAGUCCGAAAUCACCGCAUCGCUCUUGUUCCUCGCAUGAUUCCCAGUGCUAAGCAAGCCCGUUUGUCGUCUGACC